AUGGCGAAGAUCCCACGAAACUUUCGACUACUUGAAGAACUUGAAAAGGGUGAGAAGGGCAUUGGUGAUGGGUCGUGCUCGUAUGGUUUGGAGGACGGCGACGAUAUCAUGAUGAGCAACUGGAAUGGCACGAUUAUCGGUCCAGGACAUACCGUGCACGAGAACCGUAUCUACAGCCUUAAGAUAACUUGUGGCGAGAGCUAUCCUGAUAGCGCUCCGACUGUUCAGUUCCUAUCGAAGGUCAAUCUGCCGUUUGUCAACCAGAUGAACGGCCUGGUUGAUCCGACCAAACUUCCUGUGUUGGCUGGGUGGACACGCAACCACAGUAUCGAGAGUGUUCUCGUGGAGAUGAGAAAGGAGAUGGCAUCGUUCCAUAACAGGAAGCUUCCACAACCCCCAGAGGGCUCCAUGUUUUGAAAGCAUAUACCAACAUCCGGCAUGGCCAAGGACUGAUUGAAGGGGAUGGUUAGGUGGAAGUAAACUUUGUAAUUUCUAACUGUUUUGUAGCAUUUGCAAUCACCCAAACAUCUUGUACAUUCUGUGCCCAAGCCACUAUCAUUUGUCUUUAUGCUACCGCCGAGUCAACGUGACGAGUCUAUAAAACGGCUUGCCAAGCUGCAUACUGGCUGGAGAUGGCGCAAGCAAGUGAACUUGAUCCGGCAUUCAGAUAUUCGUCCCAGCCCUUGGCAACACCGUCCCUUUCCAUUCAGUUUCUUCACUAGUAUGAGCGGAGGCGGCAGCAAAAGUACUGUCAAAAAGCGGGGACAGGGACGAUGAAGCAAAUAGAUAGAUUUUUUCAUAAACCACACCAGUACCAUACAGACAG